AUCAACACAAUGGAUGUGCAAGUGGAUGCUAUGGAGAUGGCCCUGCCGCCGAUAGAAUCGUUCAAGAACUGCGAGUAUCAUGUGCGUGUUUCGGGUACGACCGAGCUCGAUCGUCGCGUUAUGUCAUUUGUGGACAAUCUGUGGGGUUUCGAGGUGACCGGUGGCAUCGAUCAGUUCGAACCGCUGACAGUGAUUUCGGUGAAGCGUGAAGGGUUGGCCCGGCGGGCCGGUAUUCGGGUAAAUGAUAUCAUCACAAAAAUUAACGAUACCCACGCGGAGAAGCUGACACUUGCGCAGGCACAGGAGCUAAUCGCGGAAUCGGGACGCACGGUGAAGAUCUUCGUCAGCGGUGAUGUGGAUGAAGAUAGUGAAGAUGAGAUGACAGUGGAUUACUGGUUUAAACCUUAUGAUGGUUUCUUUUCCUCAGUAAACGAAGCCGACCGUUCGAUGCUGGAUUGGGAAAAUCGUCUGCGCGCUAACAGGAAUCCCGACAAAUGGAACGGUGUGUGGCCGUGGAAUGAUCGCAAGAAGGUGGUCUACAAGGAGUCCAACUGCUAUCUCGUUCCAAGCGUAGCGGAAGAAACACGCGAACGGGAACUGAAACUGCGAGCCACCGAAGAUCAGUACGAAAAGCAUUUGAAGCGUGAACGAGAGCAGGCGGAAAAGAAGGCCGAAGAGGAGCGGCUAGCUGAGGAGGCCCGACGCGCCGAAGAAGAGCGUCGAGCGGAAGAGGAACAAUUUUUCGCCAAAUUCGAAGCGGAACAGAAGCAGCGACAGGAAGAGGAAGCAGCUAAACGACUCCAGCAAAGUGAGGCGGACCAGAGCACAGCGGACGCGGAUGGAUCGGUUGAACAGGAAACAACGGUAGCUGAUGCCGAAGCGGAUAAGUACAUCGAUGAGCUGAUGGACCAGGAAAAGGUUCUCGGUGAGGUCAGUACGGAUAUGAUCGAGCCAGAGGAUACCAGCAGCACGGAAAAUGCUUGAACAGAGCCAACUCUGUGCAAGCGCUUUAUUUUGUAAGGAAAAU